AUGGCUUCCGGUUGCACUAAGAAGGUCGAUACCAUUCUAGUAAUGUUUAAUAGAAUUAAAAAGGCCAAGUCUCUGGCAGGAGCCUACAUCCCUCAUCUGUGUCCCCAGAGAAAGUACAAGACAGAUACAAAGGCUAAGGUAGUUCUCCCCCGACCACUCCGAAUUGAGAGGAUAUAUGAGGAAAAAGUAUUUAAAAACCAAACAGAGAAGCCUUUGGCAAAAGAAGUGGAGCUGGUUGAUUACAAACCAAUGGAAAAUGAGUAUAAACGUCUCCUAGGGGAUACAUUUGAAGAUAAUGCUUUGCAGCAUCCAGAUUUUUUUCAAGUCAAAGAAAUGGUAGACAUGCAAACACUUUACAGAAACAGGGUGCAUUAUGGUCAUCACUUCGGAUGUAGACAUCCAUAUAUGGUGUCCUUUCUCUAUGGACUCCGGCACAAUACAGAUAUAUUUGAUCUGGACAGAACUUUACCACGUUUACACUUGGCCUUAAAUUUUAUAGCUCAUGUGGUGUACAGAGGAGGCAUUGUAUUAUUUGUUUCCAGAAAUGCUCAGCACAUGCCUCUUGUGGAAAAAACAGCUCGCAAUGCUGGUGAAUAUUCCCACUGCCGCUUCUGGAAAUCAGGUCUUCUGACCAAUAUUGACAGACUUUUCAGUAAUCUAACCAGGCACCCUGAUGUUGUUAUCUUUCUUCAUACACAGAAUAGUAUUGGAAGUGAUCAUAUAGCUGUCACAGAAUGUGCCAAAAUGCUUAUACCCACUGUAGGUGUUGUGGACUCUAAUUGUAACCCUACCUUUAUUACAUAUCCCAUUCCUGGGAAUGAUGAUUCCCCAGACGCUGUGAAACUCUACUGUAAACUGUUUGAACAGACUAUUUUACGUGCAAAAGAACACAGAAAAAGGGACGUUCAAAAAUAGUGCUAAGUAAAAGAACUGUAUAAUGUAAGGCCAAAAAAAAUAAUAGUCUUGAUUCCUGCUACCAGCCCGAAAAAAAUAGGGUAGGUAGGUAGUUUUUUGAAGGAAAAUUAUUUUAUUUUAUAUUUUUAUUUUAUUUUUUUCCGACCACAUUUUUUGGGUAUGAACUAAUACAAGAUAAAAUAAAACAUGUCGCAGGUCAUUAUUGUCUUUUAAAAUUAAAUUUCAUGUCUUUUUAUGCAAAACUCAAGUGGUAUUUUAUGAAAGUUCACAUUUAAAACAAGAAUUUCAUGAAAUGCUUGUUUUGUGUUUACACGAAAACCAAUUACAGUGAUAGAAAGAUGAAAUUCUGGAAAUUCCCGAUUUUUUUUCUUCCUAAACUUAAAAAAAACCCUUUAGGGUCGGGUGCAAAAAAAUAGGGUAGGUCAGGUAGCAGGAAACAAGACUAUUAUUUUUUUUGGCCUAAGGUACAUUUUUGUGUAUAAAUCUGUAAACUUGUCAUAUGUAAGUAUUUGAAGUACCUGUGAACAAAUCUGUAAAGUUAUUAUGUGUAAGUAUUUAAAGUAUCCAUUCUAUUAAGCUUUUGGAAAAUAAAUGAGAGUAAACUCCCUUAGAAAAGCUAAAAAUACAAAAUGAACGUUUUUUCUUUAAACAUUCUAUUCAACGGCUGUAAUAAUGGAAUUCCUGUAAAAAAAAAAAAAAAAAACCAUGUUGUUUAUUGUGGUAUAAAUGUGUCAAUUGUUAUAGUAGUAAAACAAUUUUUGUAUUGAGAUCUGAUGCUAAAAGAUGGAC